AUGAGAGAGGCGCUACUUCCCAAGGACCUCGGGGACACGUUCAUAUCGGCCUAUUUUAAUAUAAUUCACCCGCAAAUUCCCGUUCUGGUAUAUAGCGAGAUCCAGAAACACUGGUCCAAGUUGUGGGAACCGCCGGACCGCAAUGAUCGGGGCGCCGCACAAAGGGCUCUGGUUCUCAUGGUUCUUGCCAUCGGAGCGCAGGUGACAAAGCUUCAGAAGACUGGUGAAGCCGAAUGCUUCACAAAGUGGGCGGAGUAUUUUUGCGACCGUGCUCAGCUUCCGCCGGCACAUCUUCAAGAGCCCACACUAGAAGCUGUUCAUUACUACCUUCUCAAGGCAAUGUACUAUUUCCAGGGAAUGAGAUAUGGUGACGGGUAUAUAUAUAUUGGCUACGCUGCCCGAAGCGCGCAUUCUUCAGGCAUCCAUACGUCGCAAGUGACCGCCGGGUCUAAUGCUGGCAUGAACCGUCUACGCCUGACCUUUUGGUCAAUAUUCUCUCUGGAGAAGCUUAAUGCACUGUUUUCAGGACGGCCAUCAAGCCUUAUCGAGUCUCAGGUUGAUGCAGAAUACCCGAUUGACCUUACAGUUACUGGGGAAUGUCCUGUAUGGCUGCGGCCUUUGGUUUUCAAUGCAUAUACAAGAGCAUCGGCCGAAAUUGGAAAGAUCGUCGACAAAGUCCUGAACGGAAUUUAUCCGAUGGGCGAGAAGCAGUCAGGACAACCAGUUGCUUACUACGAUGAGCUUCUCGAAUCAUUAGUCGUGACUCUCCCACGGUAUCUGAGCUUCCAAGACAGUGAGGCUCCGCUUGGUGAGAGUUGGCAAGAGAUCCAGCGCCUUUAUCUGGGGAUCGAGUUCUACCUGACCCGCGUCCUUAUCCACCGUCCUGCCCUCAUCUCUGCUGCCGUAUUUGGCUACGACGACGACCCUCAUAAAACUGCCGCAUUGCAAAAAUCUAUCGACACUGCGUGCAGUUCCGCAACAAGUCUUGUCAAGUUGGUCUCGGAAGCUUGCCAUAAGCGAGCCCCAGGUAUCAUCCAAGACGGUGGAGUUGCAUUCUACCUCAUCUCCGCCUGCGUUACACUGCUCUACGAUGUCCUAGACCCCAAAACAUUACCUGACCGUGCGAAGGCCACGUUCGAAGUGGUCGAGAGCGGCAUCCAGUGCCUAGACAAAAUGGCGCAUGUUGGCCCAACGACCGGCAAAGCUUUGAGUUUAGAGAUUAUGAAAGUCGCCAAAGGUGCUCUUUGCUCGGGCAGCGAGGAUGUAGGACUAGGAGGUGACUUUACGGAAAUAUUCCCCUGGCUUAAUGACAUUACGUUCGAGAGGAUAGAUCUAUACCAAGAGGAUCAAAUGCACUCGAUGCUCGAGUCGGGAGUCAUCUCGAAUCUUUCGGACUGGCUAUCUGAGUCGCAGUCCAAUAUCCAGCCUUUUAAUUCCAUUCAAAGCACCGGGGACCCAAAUAUCUGGGGAAAUGAGCUGGAUGAGAUUGGACUGCCUAGCACCUUUUAA